AUGGCAUCAAUGCAGAAACGACUUCAAAAAGAAUUAUUGGUUUUGCAAAAUGACCCUCCUCCAGCAAUGACUUUGAAUGAAAAGAGUGUUCAGAAUUCAAUUACACAGUGGAUUGUAGACAUGGAGGGUGCACCAGGUACUUUAUAUGAAGGGGAGAAAUUUCAACUUCUAUUUAAAUUUAGCAGUCGAUAUCCUUUUGACUCUCCUCAGGUCAUGUUUACUGGUGACAAUAUUCCUGGACAUCCUCAUGUUUAUAGCAAUGGUCAUAUCUGUUUAUCCAUUCUAACAGAAGAUUGGUCCCCAGUGCUCUCAGUGCAAUCAGUUUGUCUUAGCGUUAUUAGCAUGCUUGAAAAGAGAAAACAAAGAGGUGGUAUCAUGAUGAUACAUGUUGAUGCCACCACUAUGAACCUCCUAGCAGAAGAUAGCCCUACUGAGAAAAUGAGCACUUUGAUCAUUCAGUCUUUGAACUUUAACUUUUGACUGAAAGUGACCUAUAGGCAAU